GUUAAACUAUACUCAAAACACUAAAAAAUACUUAAAAUAUUUAUUUAUUUUCUAUCCAAAUAUUCAAACCAAACCAAUUUAUAUAUUAAGUUUAGGUAUUUUAACAUAUAUUAUUAAAACUUAUAUGUAAUAUUUUAUUUUGUUAAUAGAUUUUGAGUAAUUUUAAAUAUAUAAUGAAUUUUAAAUUUUAAAAAUAAUUUAAAUGAGUUAUUUGAACCUAAAUCGAACCCGCAAAGAUCAUAACAGAACCCGCAAAGAUCAUAGCCGAAUCCGAACCGAAAUUUAGAAAUUAAGUACCCGAAUUGGGCUGAAAUCUUUGACUCCAAAAACAUAAAAUCCGAAUAGAUCCGAACCGAGCCUGAAUGGAUACCGAACGUCCACCCUUAACCAAGUCAGUAUAAAUAAUAUUCCAGCACCUAAUACAAUACCACACUUCACAUUCAAAAACUUGGACUCAUAUGGCUAUAUCUUAAAAGUAAUUCUUUACAAUAUUUGCGUCAAAUAUGUCAGAUCUUUUUAACAACAAAAAUAGUUACAAAGACAAUCAUAUUAAUUUGUUAAAAUAGUUUAAUAAAAUAGUUUAAAUUUUUUUAAAAAUUUAUUUAUAAAAAAUCGAAAUUACAUUUCUAAAUCAAAAUAUUAAAUUACAAACGCAACAUCUAACAUUAGAAAAAAAAACACCAUGUACAACAUUAAAAAUUUGUGAAUAGAAAAAUAAACAUGUACAUGAUAUUUUGUAACAACAACACAAUUCAAUAUAUCUAUAAAAUUUAUUAUGUAAAAGUCAAUUACAUAAAAAUAUUAUAGAUAUAUAAUCUAUUACUAAAUAUGUAUAAAAAUUCGACAGAACAAUAUCCGCGCACAGCGCGGGUUUAUAUCUAGUUUGGAAUAUUAAAUUACAGGGUGAUAUUUGACCAAAAAGGGUUCAAGAUAAGAUUAACAUGACUCAGCCCAAAAAAAAAAGAAUUAAAAAAAAAUCCAAUAUGGUCUACGUUAUGCAUAAAGCCGACAAUAGAGCGAACGCGUAAAGAGGUGGAACAUUACGUACACGUGAAAAUGUAACCGUACCUCGGAGUACAUGCAGUCUUCGCAGACGCAGGAUAUGUUAACAGUGAACGAAUCCACGAUUUUAACUACAUUCAACGCCAAAAUCAGCUUAGACGCAUAUAUAGCAUAGGCAUAUAUACAUAUCUGAAUCAUGAAGAGACAAUGGUGAACGUUAGCAGUGAUCACGGGCACACAUUCAGAGAUGAUGAUGGACAAAACAGCUCCUGACAUUUAGUUAGUAGUACCAAAAUAAGUAAAAUCUAAGGACCAAGAAUGGAAUCUUGACUUAUUCUGCAUAAUAGUCUUAAACUGGAAAGAAAUCACCGGGAAUAUAUUAGAAAUACUAUCAGAUAUCUCUUCAUAUGAUAUAUAUGUCCAAAUAUUUCCACGUAGAUGACGUCUAUUACUGGCCGAGGAAAAUCUCUAUAUAAGAAAGACGAGGUAGAGUAAAUCUCUCUUCAAUACACCACUUUGAAAUCUCAAAACAAAAAUAAAGACUAAACCAAAAAUAAAAAAGAGCGAUAAAAAUGGCUAGGGGAUAUCGUUUUUUCAUCAUCCUUUCGGUAAUCUCAUUGUUUGCAGAGACAAUUGAUUCUCGAAUACUAGAUCGUCAUAGUUUUCCAGAUGGUUUCAUUUUUGGAACGGCUGCUUCUGCGUAUCAGUACGAAGGAGCAACAUCUGAAGGUGGAAAGUCUCCAGCUAUAUGGGACCACUUCAGCCGCACUUACCCAGAGAGGACCAAAAUGCAUAACGCGGAUGUAGCAAUUGAUUUUUAUCACCGUUAUAAGGAUGACAUCAAGUUGAUGAAGGAGCUAAACAUGGACGCUUUCAGAUUCUCAAUCUCGUGGGCCAGAUUAAUUCCCAGUGGAAAGCUAAAGGAUGGAGUAAACAAAGAAGGUGUACAAUUCUACAAGGAUCUUAUCGACGAACUUCUUGCUAAUGACAUACAACCUUCAAUGACACUAUACCACUGGGACCAUCCACAAUCUUUGGAGGACGAAUAUGGUGGCUUUUUAAGCCCUAAAAUUGUCGAAGAUUUUCGAGAUUUUGCAAAAGUUUGUUUCGAAGAGUUUGGAGAUAAAGUUAAAAUGUGGACAACGAUCAAUGAGCCGUACAUUAUGACUAUUGCGGGUUACGACCAAGGUAACAAGGCGGCUGGACGAUGCUCCAAAUGGGUAAGCGAGAAGUGUCACGCUGGUGAUUCGAGUACUGAGCCUUACAUUGUUUCGCACAACGUUCUUCUAGCUCAUGCCGCUGCAGUAGAUGAAUUCAGAAAAUGUAAAAAGACUUCAGCUGAUGGUCAAAUUGGGAUAGUUUUGUCACCAAGAUGGUUUGAGCCAUAUCAUUCUGACUCUACCGAUGAUAAAGAAGCAGCUGAACGAGCUCUUGCUUUUGAAUUUGGAUGGCAUCUUGAUCCAGUGAUUCAUGGAGAUUAUCCAGAGAUAGUAAAAAAAUAUGCGGGGAAAAAGUUGCCUUCAUUUACCGUGGAACAAUCAAACAUGCUGAAAAAAUCAUCAGAUUUUGUUGGAAUAAAUUACUAUACAGCGCGUUUCGCUAGUCACCUUCCUCACAUCGAUCCAGCAAAGCCUCGGUUCAAAACUGAUCAUUACGUCGAAUGGAAACUGACUAACCACAGUGGCCACAUCAUCGGACCUGGGGAUGAAAGGGGAUUAAUAUUGUCAUACCCGGAGGGCUUGCGGAAAGUUCUAAAUUAUAUCAAAGAUAGAUACAACAACAUGCCGGUCUACAUUAAAGAAAAUGGAAUCAACGAAAACGACGAUGGUACAAGGCCAAGAGAAGAGAUUCUUAAGGAUACAUUUAGGAUUGAGUACCAUGACAAACAUUUCCAACAACUUCAUAAAGCUAUAGUGGAAGACGGGUGUGACGUAAGAGGAUAUUAUGCAUGGUCAUUGAUGGACAACUUUGAAUGGGAACAUGGAUACACUGCUAGAUUUGGUCUUUACUAUGUUGACUUUGUCAAUGGUCUCAAACGUUAUCCAAAAGACUCGGUCAAAUGGUUUAAGCGGUUCCUUAAUAGAUCGAACGGAGAGACUAAAGAAGUGAAAGAGGUGUCACAUGAGAAGUCACGUUCUUAUGGAAAUAAGACUUUGCAUGAUUUUGAUGAAUCAGCGGGAUUUUUUGUAUCUUUCAUGGCGGCGAACCAAUCCACGAGAGAUGAAGAGCAAAAUCGAUGUUCAUUUGAUUCUACUUAUCCAACGUCAAUUUAUUGAUUUUAGAACCCUUAUGGUUGAAUAUGUGCAAACAUUUUUCAGAAGGAAAUGAAAGAAUAUAAAUAGUAUUUUAUUUCAAUUUUUAAAACAACAUACGUCUUUUGGGUAAUAUUUCAUACUGCUAGCAAAUUAGUCAUCGUACCACAACUUCAACUUUUUCCUAUAGUAAAAGGUUGGAUCACAUGAUUGAUAUGGACCAUGUCACAUGGUCUAGUUGUGGCUUUAUGAACACUUAUAUCAAAGUCAAAAACGACACAAGCAAUAAUGGGAGAAAAAACUUGUAGCUUUCUACUUUUUUUCUUUUGUCAACAAAACUUAUCCCUUGUUCAAAACACUGGAUCAAAGUGGAAAACGAAAGCAAACGAUCCGAGGUACUACUAUUAAGUACACCAGAAACAAACAAAGUAGGAUCUAUGUUUUUUACUUUUUAAUAGAUUUUGAUUUUCUUCCGUUCAGGUAGAGCCAAACUCACUGCCCUCCAAUUUUCGAAAGUAGGGAAACUGGUCCUGAAUCGUGACCAAGUGUCUCUCUUUCUCUAUACGAUGUGGCAACAACCUAUUGGCUGACGUAUUUUAAAUACGUUUUCAUGCAGUAUAGAGUAUAGACGUGUAAAUAUCAGAGAACUCAGUUUUGCGUUUCUAUUUUGUAUUUUAUUGAAAACGUAGAGUACUUUGAUUAAUCAUUUAUUUUGAUUUAGCUAGCAUACAAUACUUGAAUUAAUUACUUUACAGCUAAGCAAGCAAAAAUAUAUCAAACUAUUUUUUGAUAAAGUUUAUUUCAACUUUUUUUUACAAUUAUUUUUAGUCGUGGUGGAGUUAGGCAAAGUAGUAUGAUCAAAAGAAAAUCUAACACGUCUGAGGUCUGCCAACAUUUUGUACAUAUAAUUAAGAAACAUAUAAUUCGAGAUUAGCUAGAGGGCUACGCUACGCGUCGAGACGGUGAUGGUUUCAUCAGAACUAUUUGUUGCUGAACAAAUCGAGUACACCGGCAGAAACAAACAGUAAGAGCAGAGGAUUCACCGGAGGUAAAGGCGGAAUCUCAGCUCUACACAACGGACACGUCGUCAUCUCACAAAACCAUGUAUCGAUACAGUCUGUGUGGAAACAGUGAC